AUGGCUUUCACAUUCUAUUAUCCAGUAGAAUCUGCUUUCGAUAGAAGAAAUGCCUACUAUCAAUCACCGUGGUGGGGUUCAGUAAGCCACAAUUCUCCUCUUGCACUCGCUUCCGAUCUAUGGUCGAGUCCUUAUGAUGAUUUCUUCGAUAGCGUUCAUCGCCCUUAUCAAUACAGGAUUGUUAGGCGCAAGUUAACUCCCGUCAAGCGACAACAAUCCGAUCCUGAACAAUAUGCUGAAGAUGCGGAAGAAUCCGCUGCUGAUGAUGAGAAAUCGGGUCAUAAAGAAGGGUCUAGCCCUUCGAAGGAAACAUCAAACAAAGGGGAAAAAAACGCAAAAAAAUCGCAACCAGCUACAAGUCAAGAUGACCAACAAACCAAAAAGGCACGCUUCGAGGAAAGAUUGCCAUCGUCUAAGAAGAAUGCUGGUAAAAAAAGUAGAAAUAAAAAAUCGACAAUCGCUAGUAACUAUCGUGGGUUGGGACCUUGGUUACCAACGCUUGUGAGUAGACCAUGGCACAACAUUGCUGAUGUACUUGAAGAUAUGACCCCAGACAAUAUCUUUGGUUGGCAUCAUCAAAACGGUGAAAGCGAUAACGAAAGUUCGUCAUCGGAUAGCAAUGCACAAGAUGUUGUAACAUCUAGAUCCCAUAUAGAAAGUAGAACUCAAAAGAAUGGUCAAGAUAAUUACACCUAUUAUAAAUCCUCUUUUAAGAAACAAAAUGGUGAGAGUAAAACAGUGAUUACCCAAAGUAUCGGCGAUCAGAAACAUACUCUCGCAACAAUCGUUGAUGCUGAAGGUAACGAACGUCGAAGUGAAGACUAUGUCAACGUUGAAGAAGAUAAAAUUGAAGAAUUUAAAGAAAGUUUGAAAAGAUUACAGAGUGGUGGAUUGAGCGACGCUGCACCUAAAAAGCUUUGCAAUGAACCCGCCAACAGCGAUGAGGCAGAAAGUAGAAACGAAUCUGUUCAACAGUAA